CGAAGCAUGGGACAGAAAAUUACAUUGCAAACACCACAGGCUUUUUGCGCGUCGGUAUAACAGUUAGACGCACAAAUGAUAACCACGAUUCUGAUGAGUCUAUGUGUGGGAGUUUCGAAUGGGUUCCGUGGACCGCAUCAUCCCCGUAGCGCCGUCUCUCAUCACCACUAUACUCCACAAAAAAACGUCAAAAUAACACAGGAUACAAAUCUCUUGCAGGAUGCUAAUCAUUUGAAAGAAGAUAUGGGAGAUGUGGGAGAACAACUAGACUUCUCAAAUAUGACUGAACAGGAAAUAGAAUUCCAUUAUUUUAAAGUGCACGAUGUUGACAGUAAUGCCAAGUUGGAUGGACUAGAAAUUCUUCAUGCUAUCCAGCAUACGUUUCAUGAAAAUCGACUGGCUGACACCGAACACAAAACCUUGAAUGAUAAAACUAGGCAAACAAAUUAUGAAGAUGACUUGCCAUGGAUGGUUGAAUUGAUAGACAAAGUGUUUACGGAAGACGACCUAGAUAACGACGGAUAUCUUGGAUACAUCGAAUACGUACUUGGAAGACAAAGGGAUCAUGUUGCACAAGCGAAGAGGGAUGACAAUCUAAGAAUUGGAGAAUGA